CUGGUUUGCGCCGUGGAGAGCUCUCUCUGCUUAUAGAUCUCUCUGGUUUGCGCCGUGGAGAGCUCUCUGUUUUCAGCUCUCUCUGGUUCGCGUCACGGAGAGCCCUCCCUGCUUAUAGAUCUCUCUGGGUUUGCGCCGCGGAGAGCUCUCUGCUUAUAGAUCUCUCUGGUUUGCGCCGCGGAGAGCUCUCUCUGCUUAUAGAUCUCUCUGGUUUGCGCCGUGGAGAGCUCUCUGUUUUCAGCUCUCUCUGGUUCGCGUCACGGAGAGCCCUCCCUGCUUAUAGAUCUCUCUGGUUUGCGCCGUGGAGAGCUCUCUGUUUUCAGCUCUCUCUGGUUUGCGUCACGGAGAGCCCUCCCUGCUUAUAGAUCUCUCUGGUUUGCGCCGCGGAGAGCUCUCUCUGCUUGUAGAUCUCCCUGCUUUGCGCCCCUGGCGCCUGGGUUUCACAGGCUGGACCGCUCAGGGCCCGGUGUUCUUGAGUCCCUUCGGCCCCAUCAGGAAGCGGCGGUUAGCGCGCGUUCUCACUGGCAGUUGGAGUCGUACUCUAUUGCUCCCUGGUUCGUUGAAGGAACUUGACUUCUUUUUUCCCCCUCCCCCUUCUUCUCUCUAUGGAGCCUGCGUGGUCCCUGUCAUCUGACUUCUGGCUUUUCAGAGAGCUUUCCUCAAACCCCAAGCCCAGCUCCCCAAUUCCUUUGUCCUUCCCCACUGAGGCCCCAGGGCAGGCCCGAGGGGCCGGGGACCGCUUCCGUAAGAUGGCCAGGAUCGUAGCGCACAUCUGCGGUCUGACCCUGACGCUGAAAAGAUAUAUUGGGAAAAGCCCAGCAGUACAGUGGGUGGUCUUCCAUUUGAAGAUGCAAAAUAGAAUUAAAAAUGGAAUGUUAUUAAACAUCUUAAGUGAAACUAAAAUGAACAUGACCAAGGAGUCGGAUAUACUUAAGAGUCUGCUAUCUAUUUGCCCACAUCAAAGAUGUACAGAAGAUCUCAGACAGAUUCAAGAACAUCUAAAGAAGAAUAGCUCAUUUGAGCAUUUGCCAAAUGAAGUCCAACUCCAGCUUUGCCAAAUUGUAAUCUAUCAAGAGUAUGAAGCUAAAAGUGUAAUUAUAAAGAAAGGACACUGGCCAAUGGAAUGCUACUUAGUACUUUCUGGAAAAUUAGCAGCUAUAUCAAGUUUAACAGCUGAAAAUUCCAAGUCAGAAAUUUUAAGUGAAUUUGAAGAAGGAGAUUUUGUAGGGGAAACUUGUCUAUUGACUAACACCCACCGACCUACUACAAUUGUAUGCAAAUCAGAUGCAGAACUUCUCAUGAUAAGUAAGAAGGAUUUUGAUUGUAUACUCUCAGAUACGAUACAAGAACAAUUUCAAGGAAUAUGCAACUUUUUAAGGGAUCUUCCAAUAUUCUCUUCCUGGCCAAAGGAGAAGAUUGAUUUUCUUGUCCACUGUUCCUUGCUUAGACACUACAGGGCUGGGACUCUUGUCUGUGAAAAUUUAGAUUCCAACAACCUCAUCAUCAUCCGAACAGGUCGGUGCUUUGUAUUGGCUCAGAUAAGAGAGAGUAUAUCUACCAAAAGUGCUUUGGCAACAGUGAAGUCAGCACCUACAAGUUUUUCCAAGAAAUGUCAUUCAGUUCCUCAGAUAACAUCGUUUGCCUCAUUGUCACCACAAUCCUCGGUAACUUCAUCAGCACGUUAUGGUAUUGAGUUAAAUUCUUUGGAACAAGGAAAAAUUUUUGGUUUGGUAGAAAAAAUGAAGAAACCAAGUGACCUACAUUUCAGACUGAUUAGUGAAGGAGCUGAGUGCAUUUUAAUUCCCACCAAAAUCUUUCUCAUGGAAGCACCCAUUAUAUCCCAGGAAAUGGCUGUAGAGCUGGUGAAUAGUUAUCCCUCAAAAGGCACAAUUAGGGAGCACCUUAUCAAAAAGCAAGCUUGGAAUAAUUACAAAGCCAAGGUGGUCACUCAGCAGAUAAAGAGAAAUGCCAGAAUAAUGUCAUCCUAAAUUUCUUUUUAAAGGACAUUGGCUGUGAUACUGAAAAGACUUUAGAUAUAAUAAAAGGAGGGAGAAAAUGUUAUUGAUUCUUGAGGAGACAGAACAAAUCGCUAAAUAGUUGCAGGCAUAGAAGCAAUUCACACCUGUUUAGUGCAACAGGGAAGGAAAAGCCAUUUCUUUGCUGACUUGAAACUAUCACAGAGGAAAUUCAUGCACAUAUAUGAAAUUGCAAUCAAUUUAAAUGACAGUAGGGCUAAGUUAAGCAUAAACAUAUGCAUAUGCUGGGUUCACGUAUUAAACAAUAUAUUACUACUGUCUGUUUAAUAUUGAUGUUGUACUUUGUACCACUUACUUCAAAAUAGUGUGAUAGCCUCAAGCAAUAAAGAGGGGGGGAAAACCUGAAAGAACUGUGUGCAGUGACAAAUUGAGAGAGCUAGAGCUCUGUAUAUAGCAUUCAGAAGCAUCAAAUUAACUUUUUGUUUGUUUUUUGUAGUUUUUCCUUGUAAAGGUUGCAGCUUGGCUAAAAAAAAAAAUUAUCUUUGUAUUAUAUGUUAUUUGGUUGUUUUG